UUUAUUUAAUUUAUUAUUUUGUUUAGUGUGGUCCUGAGAAUAGUCAUGUCUUCAUCUUGUAAUUAAAACGUUUAGAGUUUCAGAUCUAAAAUCUCAAAAACCCAACUCCAAUUUCCCCUCAUCUUUGUUCCAGCUCUGUGAAAUCGUACGAAUCCUUGUUCUUGGAUUCUAAUUCACUCCAACAUCGAUUUCGUUUCAGGUAAUCAAGUUCGUAUUGUUUCUUCAUUUGCUUAUUUUUUCCUGAAUUUUGGAGUAUAUAGUAAAACCAGUUCUUGUUACCCUAAAUUUCUGUUAAUUAUGGUUUAGAGAUCCUCUUAAGGUUCUGAUAAAUGGGUAGCUUUGAAUUUUUGAAAUUUCGGAUUCAUUUUUAUAGAUUAUUACUGGACCUUUGAGCUUAGAAAAGAGACUGAGAUUUAAACAUUCAAUUAUAGAGUUUAAGGUUUUGGGUGAGUUGAUUGUUGCUAUUUAAGUUUGUGAAUCUGUGAUAUUAUUAGUAUAAAGAAAUGGGUGAGAAAUUUUGGGUGAAAGUUGAGGAUAAGGUGAUGGUGGAAUCAGUGGUGGGUACUGAAGCAUGUCAGUUCUUGAUCUCAUUAGCUUCUGACAAUGGGAUUUCCGGGUUGAACAAACCGGGUGGCGAUUCGGGUGUGCAGCAAGGGCUUUGUCAAUUAGUUGAAAACUGUAAUUGGAACUAUGGCAUCUUCUGGCGGGUUGUGAGCUUGAAGUCUGGCGGGGCGGCCUUGAUUUGGGGUGAUGGACAUUGUAGGAAUCAAAAGGGUAGUGUUGCUGCAGAGAAGAAUUCGAGUGAGAGUGGUACUAAUUUUGAUGGAAGUGAGAACAAGAAUGAGUUGAAGAAGAGGGUGCUUGAGAAACUUCAUGCUUGUUUUGGUGGGUCAAAUGAUGAUAUUUAUGCUAGGAAACUAGAUGGAGUGUCAGAUUUAGAGAUGUUUUACCUCACUUCUAUGUAUUAUAAGUAUCGAGUCGAUUCGGUUUGUGGUCCUGGGGAGUCAUACAAGUCUGGUAAAGCAAUUUGGGCUUCUGAUGUAUCUAAUUGCUCCCACCAUUAUCAGUCUAGAUCUUUUCUAGCAAGAGUGGCUGGAUUCCAAACAGUGGUGUUUGUACCUGUGAAUUCUGGUGUGGUGGAGCUCGGUACUGUUAAUUCUACCCCUGAAGAUCAAAGUGUUGUGGAUAUGGUCAAAACUGUUUUUGGAGCUGGGAGUUCUAGUUCAUCACAACAAACAACAAAGGCACUCCCAAAGAUCUUUGGUCAUGAACUAAGUUUAGGGAGUACAAAAUCCCAAUCUGUUAACAUUAACUUCUCUCCAAAGGUAGAAGAUGAUACGGCUUUUCCACCAGAAUCUUUUGACUUGCAAGCAAUUGGUUCUUCUAAUGGUCGAAGUGACACAAAUGAAAUGAAACUUUUUCCACAAAUGCUUGUUGGAGGUUUCAAUGCCCAAACAAGAGCUACAGGUGUAGUAGAGCCUCCUAAGGAUGAUGCCUUGCCUCAGCUUGAUGAACGGAAACCAAGAAAGAGAGGGAGAAAGCCAGCAAAUGGAAGGGAAGAACCCUUAAAUCAUGUGGAAGCAGAGCGUCAAAGGCGUGAGAAGCUCAACCAGCGGUUUUAUGCACUAAGAGCGGUUGUUCCUAACAUCUCAAAGAUGGACAAAGCAUCUCUGCUUGGUGAUGCUAUUACUUAUAUUACAGAUCUCCAGACAAAGAUCAGGGUGAUGGAAACCGAAAAGCAGAUGGUGAACAAUGGCCAGCAGCAACAGUUCUCAAUGCCAGAGAUCGAUUUUCAAUCGAGACAGGAAGAUGCAGUGGUGAGGAUGAGCUGCCCAUUGGACUCACACCCUGUUUCAAAUGUCAUCAAAGCUUUUAGGGAACAUCAAAUUGUUGCUCAAGAGUCCAAUGUUUCCAUCAAUGAAAACGAUAGAAUCGUCCAUACAUUCUCCAUUCAAACUCAAGGUGGUGAAGCUGAGCAACUGAAGGAGAAGCUGCUGGCUGCCCUAUCAAGCUGAUUUGAAUUGUAGACAUGUGUAUUUAUAUAAGAUGUAUUUCCCUGUUGCCUAACUGAUUAACCUUGUGUACUGUAUAAUACUCGAGAUAAUGGAUCGUGCUAUUAGUAUAAUUCUCAGAGAAAUGAUUUACUUUGUCA